UUUCCUCCUUUAGCGAGAAAUAUGUAAAAUAUUCAGAAAAAAAGUCCCUGUUUGUUAUCUUUUUUUACAAUUGGUUGCAAUAAAAUUACUCAAUUAGUAAGCAUAAGGAAAACUGGAAACAAGUCAAAUUUUCAAUAAAUUUCGUUCACAGUAACUUUAGAAUUUGGAAAAGAAGAAUAAAAAAUAUGAGAAACACGAUGAUAUUUAAAUAUUGUCUAUUAUUAUUUUCAUUGUGGAUUUUUUCCAUUAGUGCAGAACCUUUAGUGCAAAUUACUCAAGGGACUUUAAAUGGCACAGUUGAGAUUGCAAGAUAUGGAAAAAAAUAUUCAUCAUUUCUUGGCAUUCCCUAUGCUAAACCUCCAAUUGGAAGACGACGAUUUAAAAAUCCAGAACCAGCUGAAAAGUGGGGAGGAGUAAGAUCUGCAAAUUCAUUUGGAAACAUUUGUCCUCAAAAUAAUAAUGGCGCCAUAUCAGGAGUAGAUGACUGUUUAUUUCUUAACGUCUACUCGCCAUUUUUAGAUUUUCAACAACCAGUGGCCAGUAAUAAACUACUUCCGGUUAUGGUAUGGAUUCAUGGUGGCAGUUUCCUCACAGGAAGUGGAAAUAUUUACGGACCUGGCUAUUUAAUGGAGAAGGACAUUAUUCUAGUGACUCUCAACUAUCGUUUGGGAAUUUUGGGUUUUCUAACCACUGGCAAUGCAAUAGCACCUGGAAAUUUCGGUCUCAAAGAUCAAGUUCUAGCUCUGAAGUGGAUUAAAAAAAAUAUCAAAUCAUUCGGAGGAGAUCAAAAUAAAGUGACACUAUUUGGACAGAGUGCUGGAGGUGUUGCUGUGAAUUUGCAUGCAGUUUCAAGAGCUAGUAGAGAUUUGUUCCAAAAGUACAUCAUCCAAAGUGGAACUGCAAUCGGACCUGGUGCAUAUCAAAACAAGGAAACUUUUAAACCUCACGUUGAUGAUUUAGCAAAAUUAUUCAAUUGUCCGACGAAUAAAUCAAGAGCGACCAUUAAUUGUCUGAGAAAUGUCAGUUCAGAUCAACUAGUCAAAACCAGUCCAACAGUGCAGACAAUAAUAAAAUACGGUCAUUUCAUAUGGACCCCAACAAUUGAAUCAAAAUUACCAGGUUCAUUUUUAACCGAUAGUCCAUUAAACAGUGUGAAUAGGAAUAAAAUGAGGGAUUUGCCUUUUAUGAGCGGAACAGUCACCGAUGAAGGUUUAGCGCUGACUAGCGGAGGCUACUCUAAUGAUGUGAUUUAUCAAAUGGAAAGACAAAAUAUAAGAACGUUAAUAAAAAACUUUGCAGAAUCUUUUGAACAAGAUUUGGAAACUUUAUUUUCUAAAAUUGAUAAUUUUUAUUUUACCGACAAACUUAAUAGUAGCAGUAAAAUUCAGUUCUUGAAAGGAAUGACAAAAGUUUUCAGUGACGCAAAUUAUUUCUAUCCACAAGUGCGAAUGUUGGAGAAAGUUACUUUGAAGAUGAAGAAUUCAAACUACUUUUAUUCCUUUGGAUAUCGAGGAACUCUAAGUUUGACGUCAGUCACUGGCGAUAAUACGAAUUAUGGUGUCGCUCACGCUGAUGAACUUUUAUAUCUAUUUCCAGUUAAUUACGGAUCUUUCGUAACAACAAAUGCAAAUUUCACACGAACUGAUGAAAAUAUUAGUCGAAUCAUGGUGGAUCUUUGGACUUCAUUUGCUACAAAUGGAAAACCAACAUCCAGUGAACUAUCCAAUUCCAAUUUGUGGGAACAAUUUUCACCAAAUACAACAGCUCACAUUCAAAUCGGAAACAUAAGAAACAAUAGUGAUCCAACUGUGACAAUGUCGAAUAAUUAUUUUAAAAAGAGAGUGAAUUUUUGGCGACAAAAUACUCCAAUAUAGAAAUUGUAUUCAAAUUUAUAAAUUACUUAUAAAAGUAAGGUCGACAUUUUGACCUAAUUAUUAGUUAACAAGAUCAACUUUUUUUUACUUUUAUAGUUACUAUUAAAGUAAUUAAAAUCGACUGGACGAUUUUAGUAAAAAAUUUUGUAUAAUUUAAAUUUAAAACAUUUGUGUAUAAACAAAUAGCACAACUUGUUUUUUGAAUUA